AGCCUCACAUCAUACAUGCCUGGAGGCUCCUGCCACUGCGAUAAGCUAGAACAAAGACUGCCACAAUAGCACGAGGAAUCAAGGAGUGGCCACCAUAGCGCCUCUGGCCUUGACAUAUAUAUGCCGCACAGUGCUUCAAUCUACAUCUAUUCCAACAUCGUCGGUUUUUUCUCCAUCUCUCAUUCCCAACCUCGCGAGUAUGCCCUCCACGUCUGCAAAUCCUCUAGGGACACCAGAAUAUCAUCUUCAAUUCAUUCGUCGUGCUUACGCGAAGAACGCCAACCUGCUAAAUGAAUACGGACGUAGGAGGGCAAAGACUCAGCCGCCACCCGCAGAUAAAAACGUUAGCCCUGAUGUUCCAGUCGAUGUGGAGGUCACGCCGAGCUCUUCAAACGCGCUCCCUCUAAGCCACUAUAACGCGGGAAGGUACUCGCCUCAGCCAGUUGCCGCUGCCAUAUAUCAAACUCCAAAUGUUAGUAGCUGGUCGCCCCACAACAACCAUUCAGCCCAAGCCACUACGGGGUCCAGACCUAUUGGAUCGCCGAUUAUGACGCAUCCAACUGCUGUACCUGUGCACUUUACUACUGGCCAUACGCAGACGGUUAACAACGUGCACGUCGGUUCGUCGCCUUUGCCAGAAAAGCUGGAAUACUUGUGGAACAUAGUCGUUCCCUCUCCUUUUGUUCCACCAGAUCUGAAUGAUGAUAAAACACGUACAGUUGUUUCUCGUCUACUGAAGUUCGGUCGGGGCGAAGUUUCAACUGAGGAGGCUCAGCAGCUCGUCCAAGACAUCUCACUAGAGGACAUUCGAUCUGUCGGCUGGUCUAUCGCUUGCGAUGGCGUUAUAGGCGAAGAACAUAUGAGAGCCUCACUCCUGAUGUGGUCUGCGAGUAUCGGAAACAUGAAGAAUUUUCCACAUACAUUACGACAGGCGAACCAACUUGCUCACGAGAUCAGGAUGUCGGCUAUGGGCUUGUUCAGACAGAUAUGGAUGCACAAUGAGUACAACAAUGGUUCUGCGAAGAUUGAUGAGAAACGCCAGUAUAUGUCCGGUUCCAUGGGUUUACUCUACAAGUUCAAGUUCUUAACGCUUCAAGACAUCCGUCUCUGCAUUGAGUUACUUGCCAUGGACUUGACGUGCGAAGCUAAGGUGACCGCCUUAUUCCGCUUGAUCGUCUAUACGGACACCCUCAUCUGCGGAAGUUCAAACCAACAUUACAUGCGAGGCAUGAUACGCCAUAUUUCUGGCUUUAUGCAGCUGCAGUCUCAGUAUUGGUAUGAUCAAGACGCUCUCGGCAGGGUCACAAAGGUGGUGCAGAAUACGAUUGAUCUCGUCAAUAAAUGGCUCGAAGAACAGCAAGUGAUGGCUUAAUCGGAAAUGCUUCAUGGAGUUGGAACGUUUUUGAGCAAUACGUACAGAUGGGUUAUCAUAUACCGUUAUUUGAACGACGGCCAGACAGUAUUAUUGUUAUCUUAUAACCUUAGAUCAUUGCUACAAUGCUAUUGAACCAUGAUGG